AUGCCCUCGGGCCGUGUCGUUGUCGUCAAAACGUCACUCCCGCUGGCCAUGGUCGCCCAGAUCGCCAGCUCCUAUCCGUACGGACCUUGCCCUGGUCUAUUCCACCUCUCUGAUAUGAGCUGUCAACUUGGCUCCCUGGAAUCUUCCCUGCUCUAUCCCCCGUCUCGGUCAUUGCAGUAUUGUCUAUGGAGCACAUCCAGCGACACUGGUACGAUUAUCGUCGGCCUGAAUGUUCUCAGUAACGGCCCCGAGAGCUUCGUGGAAAUAUAG